GAGAAGCUCAUGUAGUUCCAGAUCUGAUCAUCUGAGCUGCAGCUUCUUCUCCUCCAGGAUGAAAUUCUACCUGAUUUUAUUCACACUGGUGUGUGUGAGGGCUCAGAUUAAACAUGAACACUUGGGAAUAACAGCGUGCUCAGACACAGAGAAGGAAGAUAUGUUUGGUGCUGAUGGAGAGGAGAGUUUUUACGCAGAUUUUGUAAAGAAGGAAGAAGUGAACAUGCUGCCUCCAUUCUCUGAUCCGAUCGGUUAUCCAGGAUAUUACGAUCAAGCCGCUGCAGACAUGGAGAUCUGCAAACAAAACUUACAAGUGCUGAUAAAGGACUAUAAGGACGAACCUGUAGCACAGGCUGCCCCUCAAACCUCUAUUUAUACAAAGGAUGACGUGCAGCUGGGAUCAGGAACCACCCUCAUCUGCCAUGCAGCACGUUUCUUCCCUCCACCCAUCCGUGUGCACUGGACCAAGAAUAGUGUGAAUGUGACCGACAGUGCCAUGCUCAGCCAGUACUACCCAAACAAGGACAACAGUUACAACCAGUUCUCCCACCUGAGCUUCACACCUAAAGAAGGAGACAUUUACACAUGCACAGUGGAGCACAAAGCCCUGCAGACUCCUGACACCAAAACAUGGGAUGUUAAUGUUGAGAUGCCCAGUAUUGGUCCGUCUGUAUUUUGUGGAGUGGGACUGGCUCUUGGACUGCUUGGAGUUGCUACUGGAACUUUCUUCCUUGUCAAAGGAAACCAAUGCAACUAACACAACAGGUAGAAGAACAACAGUUAGAGUGUCUUUAUUACCAUCAAGAAGUCUCAUUUUUAAUUUACCAGGGCAACUUGAGUUUAGCUAACGUCUGAGUUUAAUGAGUUUAAAUAUGUACAAUAACUUUAUUUUUACACAUUUAUUCAAUAUAAUUAAACAUGUCUCACCACAGACCUAAGGGAACUUUUUUCCCCGAAGAAGUUCUGUUUAUAUUUUCUGUCCAGUUUGUACAAUGUUGGUUUGUAAAGUUAUAAAGAAAAUUCAAUAGAAAGAAAA